AUGAAAGUGUCAUAUAAAAGGUUUAGUACAGAGUUCAUUUGUGCUCUUGCACUCUAGACUGUUGGAAUCAGAUAUUCGUCCAUGCAGCCACCUGGUAUAAAGAACUGAUGCACUAAAGAUUCUAACUAGUCCCAAAAUACUGGAAUAAUGGGGUUUAAGAAGAACCUCUUAUUUGUAUUUGCAAUAUUUAUCCUUUCUGGUUGCCCAGUACAGAGUACACAGAAGUGCCCAAAGGAUACCGUAGACCGUACAACAUACUGCUCUGGAGCAUUUGAGACAAUUGAUGUUUCAGAAGUAUGCCCACUUCCUCUCAGGGAAGCUGCAUGUGCUAAUAACAAUAAUGUUGAGGGAUACCAUUUAGAAGACUAUAUCCAAUGCUAUGCUAAUGACAGUAAAACUAUCCUGGAUACAGAUGGCUUUCGUAUUCUCUUCAGUGAAAUUCCUGUCGACACUAUAGCAGAUGCUCUAGAUAUCUUCACUAAUGAGAUUCCUGGAGUCUACGAUACGCCUAUGGAAGGCAGAGCAGUUUUAUUGAGAGGAAUAUGGGACAGAUUACAAUCUACAGACAUAUUUAUGACUAAAGAUUUUCUGACAACUUGGUUUCAAGUUAAGCUUAAGCCACUGCUUCCUGCAAUCCCCAGAGAAAUCUUAAACUGCAUGACCCUGUACCCAUUGUCUUGUGAUUCCAUGCAGAUAAUCGUUCAAGCACUGGAUGAUGUUUAUACAUCUAUGGAUAAUGCAGAACAGACAGUUGUUGCAUCCUGGAUAACAGAAACCUUGAACCUGAUUGGAUGCACCAAGAAAUCAUCUUCAGCUUGGAUUUCAGCAUUCUGGAAAAGCUUCAGCAAAAAUGCAAAAUAUUCAGACUUCAUCAGGAGCUGGAGUGAUUUUGAUGGAUAUGCAGUCGCUAAUAUCAUGACAGCAAAACAGUUAGCAGAAUUAACUGCAAAAACAAAUGGACUACAAAAAUCAACAAAAACUCGAGCGAUUAUACAAACUCUGAAUGAUAACAACAUUGACUAUGUUGCUGAGUAUCUGGACAGCUUUUCAACCCUUGCAGAUCAGAUGCAUCUGGAACUUAGUCCCAAUCUGUGUAACAUGAUGUUAAGAGUUAUUUUGUAUAGACUGAAUACCACUUACCCAGAAAGAUGUUCUCCAAGCUUGGACAACUGGUUUCAGGAUAAACUGCGGCCAUUUAUGUUUGCUGCAGAUGCACGGCUGCUUAAUUUGCUACCUAGUGAAUACAGCUGCAAGGAAUUUCAAGCAAUAUAUAAAGGAAUAGACACAUCUUCAGCGAUAUUCAACGCAGAUUUCCAGAAAGCUGAAUUUAAUGCCAAACUUCAGUUUCUUAAUUCACAGCUUCAGAACACCGGGUCUGCCUGUACAUACCUCAGUUCAGGAACAAGUGAAUGGCUUCACGCUAACUUCGGGCCUAGCAGUCUGCUUGCUUCAUACAGUGACUUCAAGCGUCUAUAUCCAGAUUUUGAUGCACUUCAGGUGGUAAAUGAUCUAACAGCUACACAACUGGCAGAUGCAACAAUAGAUUUAAAUUUACUGGGUGCAGCAUCAACACCGUAUGAUUCAGCCAUAGCAGAAGCAAAGAUAACAAUUAUCAUGGAUUCUCUUAACCAGCAAACAUUUUCUGAUUUUCAAGAAUACUUAACACAGUUCCUUAAAAGUGCUUCAAAGGAAAACAUACAAUCCAUUCAAAAUGAGAAAGUAAGAUUUAUUAUGUGGACAACCAUUUUUGAUAAAUUGACUGAGAAAAUGGACAACUUCAUAACAGCAGAUUGGGAAAACUGGUUCCAGUUACGGGCAAAACUCUUCACCCCAAGUAUUAAGCCAGAACAGCUCAGUGAAAUUUCCACAAACAACUGUUUAGAUUUCCAAGCCAUUGUACUGGGUCUGGAUGCUGUUUAUGAAGAGAUGACUCAGAAGACACAAGAAGACAUCGCUAAAUGGAUUGUCACUUUUCUAGGUAAAAAAAGUUGUGACAGCAGUGACUGGUUUACUUUGAACUGGAGACGUUUUGGUCAAAAUGCAAAUUUAUUAGACAUCAUCACUGUCAAACCUGACUUUAAUGGGUUCAAAUACCUGGCUCAGCUUAAUGCAACACAAAUAGCUGAUUUAACUUUAAUAUCUGGAGCACUCACCAGUGUUGCAAGCACAAAUACAAUCUUCAAAAAGCUUGCAGAUGAUCCUGGCAACACUGAUCUGGCUGCUUACUGGGACAGGAUAAACAGCAGUAUUACCCAGAGCAACACGACCAUUGAUAUAAGCAAAGAUGUCAGUGAUGUUAUGCUAACAAAGACAUUGGAACAGCUCAGAAGCAGUAUGUUGCAUUUCACAGCACAGGAUUAUAAAAUAUGGACACAACAUAGACUACCUCUGGUCCUUCACAGCAUCAGUAUAACAACGCUGAAAUACAUACCUUCCAAUAUACCAUGUGAUUCACUUAAGGAAUUAACUGCUGGACUAAAUCAAGUAUAUUUAUAUUUUCCUGAAUCAAGUAAACAAGCUGUAACAACAUUCAUAGUUUCAGCUCUUCAAAAUACAAUUUACAGAAAAAAGAUCACAGUGGAUUCAUUCUGCUCAACAUAUAUGACAUUUGAAGACUGGCUAUUUGAAAUUUUUGGCCACUUUUCCAUGCAGGCUGAAUUUUCUCAAUUGAAUUUAUACAGAGAUGGCAUAGGAAAUCCAUAUGAAAUUCUUCAUCUGCUAACCCCAGUACAAACUGGUGACAUGAUACUGAUGUCGGAUACACUAGAACGGAUUCCAUUAGUAAACAAACUCUUUGACUUCUUGGAGACCAGACCGGUUAGUCAUGUAAGAGCAACCAUAAGACAAUUUACUGCAAGAGCAAAACAGGAAUACUUGGUGCAUGUACCACAACUUGACGUGGCAAAGCUUAUGCUUCAAAGAUACAUGCUUAUAAUUUCCACAGAAAGUAAUACAUAUAAUUCCACAACAUGGGAAGAUAUAUUUGACAAUGAGGUGUUCUACUUCAUUUCUGUCUUCAGUGAAACAACACUGCAGUACAUAGUUGUUGACAACUGCGCUCAGCUUGAAGCCAUAGUUCAUGGACUCGGUAUUGGGUAUGACGAUAUGUCACUUAUUUCAUUAAUAGAUGUUGUGGCAUGGAUUACGUCUUCCCUCAACAAGAUAAAUGGCUGCAAGGAGAUACCACCAGAAAUAUGGGCAAGUUCUGUUUGGGACCAUUUUGUGAACAGGGUCAGCUUAUUAGCUAUGGAAGAAAUAAAUCCUAAGUUUGAACCAAGUCAGCUUCUGCACACACUGACCGUGUCACAGCUAAGCGAGUACACUGUGAUAUCUGAUGCACUAACAAAUGUUGCAGAGAUAGAACGAGUCUUGAAUGAACUACUGGCAAGAGAUGACACAAAGAUUUCCAAUAUUAACUUAUACUUGGCACUGGUCUACCGAUAUGCUGUAAAGCACAAUGUUACUGGUAUAUCAAAUAUCUCCGUCAGAGAUAAAAUGCUGAACACUCUCUUUCCUUAUGUGAUUUCAAAUUUGGACACCAUGACAACAGAUGACAAAAAUGUGUGGUUUCAAGAGAAGCUGAAGUGGUUGAUGCCUAGCCUUCUUUCACUUAAUCUGGAUCAAGUACUACAAGACAUCAGCUGUGAUUCAUUCCUUAUCAUAUGCAAAGGCUUGGAUAAUGUGUUUGGGCUGUUAUCAGAUGAAGAAAAGUUAACUGCUUAUAAUUUCAUUAAAUCUUACUUGAGCAAACAGUUGAAGAACACAGGUAAUGCAUGCACAGCAGACAUCACAGACAGCAGUGAAUAUCUAGUGAGAAACUUCCGAAGGUUCUCUUUUGCAGCAACUAUUGCAGAUCUCGAAUUUUUAUAUGAGGAUUUUAAUCUGUUUGAUGUCCUUCCUCAACUCACUUCAGUUCAAAUAGCAGAAGCCACAACAAAAAGCAACAUUCUCUAUGAUGCUAUUGCAGUGGCCAGGCUCUUGUCAGAAAUGCAGAAGCGACCUUUUACCGAAAUAGUUACCUACAUCACAACACUUAGUCAAUUAUUACAGCAGAAAAACAUGAGAACCAUUACGAAUGCAAGUGUACGGGAUUUCAUAUUAAAGACUGUUUAUCAGCCACUACAAUACAAACUACCAACCUUUGUUUCUACCGAUUACUCAGAUUGGUUUACAAAGAAAUUGCCUGCGCUGUUAGCUAGCGUAACCCAAGAGCAAAUUGAAAAAUUCCCUGAAAAUAUUGAUUGCAGUUCUCACGAAAUCAUAAUCCAGGCAUUAAGCAACGCCUUUGAUAAGAUGACCGAAGUACAACAAACUGCUGUGUUUCAGUGGGCACACAAAAACCUUAAAGCAAAAUAUAUUGAGUCAGGAUCUGCAUGUGCUACUACCAGCAUGAGUUCGAAAGAAUGGUUACUGAAAAAUUAUGGGCGAUUCUAUAUUUUCGCACUAGUUGAAGAACUGAAUCUACUAAAUAAUCAGUUUAAUGGGUUUGAUGUGCUCAUAUAUUUCACAUCUGCACAACUAGCCCAGUUCACAGUGACAUCAAGAUCGCUAGAAAAUAAAACAAAUUUUUUCAACAUUUUUGAACACAUCCCAGAUAUCAGUAGCUUAGGCGUCUACCUGGAUACUUUGAAUACUCUGUCACCAGAUUUACUUAAAAACUGUGUUUUUGGAACUGAUAUUUUGAAUGGCAUUAUAUCCUUAUUAUCUGAAGAAUUCAAAACGUUUUCUCUGAACUAUAUUGUUAAGUGGUUCCAAGACAGGCUAAGAAUGUUGCUGUACCAUAUCAAUGCUUCUAUUUAUGAAGAGAUCCUAAAGACGGCUGCUUGUGACUCUUUCCAAGCAAUCAAUAAAGCAUUGUUUCUUAUUUAUGAUAAUAUGGAGCCAACAAGUCAGGCAAAUAUAUAUGAAGUCAUGAAAAUCUAUCUUCAGUUGAAGCAUGACAGAAAAUCAGGCAUUUCUUGCAAAGGUACAGCAACAGACAGCAGAACCUGGUUAUUCACAAACAUUGGGAGAUUCAGUGUAUUUGCCAGAUACAAAGACUUUCCUCUUCUGUACAGAAACUUCAAUGGUUUUACCAUUCUUGAUAUUAUGACCCCUGAACAACUUGCAGAGUUCACUGUGCAGUCAAAUGGAUUGAAUAAUGAGGAAACAGUCUUCCAGAUUAUGUACCAUAUGGAAAACAGGACUAUGUCAGAAAUCUACAGGUUCUUAGAUGAGCUUGCAAUGUCAGCUGGUGAGAUAGGUCUAACUGUCAUCGGCAAUGAUCAAGUAAGAUCAAGGAUGCUGUCACAAGUUGUGAAGGACCUCGAACUCUAUUUAUCUGCUUUUACUGUUAGCGACUGGACAAUUUGUCUGGAGAAGCUUCAGCUGUUGAUGCCAAGUACUAAUAGUGACAUAAUGGCAUUGUUUACUCCUGAUUCCUGUGACGCAUUCCAAGUAAUCAUUGAAGGACUAGAUAAAUCCUACUCCUUUAUGCCUCAAGCUAAUCGGAAAGAUAUUUACGAAGCUAUCAUCACAUAUCUUAUGAAUCAGUUGAAUGUUACAGGUUCACCAUGUACUGCCAACACAUCUGACAGCAGAGACUGGUUUAUCAAGUACUUCAGAAAAUUUUCAGUGCUUGCACCAUUUGGAGAACUUGUCCAAGUCAACCAACAUUUUAAUGAGAUGUUGGUGCUAGAUGAUUUCACCAUAACUCAGCUGGCUGAUGUAGCCAUUCUGUACGUAACGCAAAAUAAUGUGGACAAGUUUGGCUUAGUUAUGCAUGCAGUGCAAAUCAGGAAACCUACAGAUGCCUAUGACUUCAUUAUAGCAUUUCAAAGCUAUGCAGACAAGGAAAACAUCACUAUUCUUCCUGAAGGAAUCAGAACUGCCAUGUCUUUUGCUAUAUUUCAGCAAGUCAAACAACUGUUUCCAGCAUUUAAUGAGUCUCAGUGGAAAGACACCUUCCAGAAAUACUUGAAAUUGAUCAUCUCUGACAUAAAUAUUGGAACACUUGGCGAGAUCCCAAAUAAAAUCUCUUGUACAGCUUUUCAAUCAGUGGUUGAAGGGCUAGACUCUGGAUUUUCAGACAUGACAUCAGUCAGCAAACGAGAUGUGCGUAAUAUGAUAAAAAGCUACCUAGGCCCGAAGAAAACUAAAGUUGUAGGACCCCCUUGCCCAGGCAGAGACAGUGCAGACUGGAUCCUGAAGAAUUUUAAAUCUUUUAUGAUCAUUGCUGAGUACAGUGACUUCACAGAUCUUAACGGUAACUUCGAUGGUAUGAAUGCAGUCAGCAUCCUGUCUUCACGGCAACUUGCGCAUAUGUGCUUUGUAACUGAUGCCUUACAGAACAAAGAUAGCAUUCUAAAGAUCCUUGCUAAUGUAGACCCUGAAGAGCUUUCUGCUUUCAUGGAUCAAUUUAAUGAGCGAGCAAACCAGAUAAAUCUCUACAGUCUUCCAAAUACUGAGGUGCAAAAAGUGAUGCUGAGGACGAUCUUCUGUAAACUCAGAGAAGCAUUUUCAACUUUUUCAAAUGACGAUUACGUGCUGUGGUUUCAAGUUAGGCUAAAGCUGUUUCUGGCUGGUAUUGAUCAAGCAGCUCUUGAGUACUUACCGUCAAAUAUGACAUGCAACUCUUUUCAAGUCAUAAUAAAAGCUAUAAAUGAUGUGAUACGUACAGAUGGCUACACAAAUGGUGCAGAUCUUUACCUCUUUGCAAGAAAAAUUCUACAGAUACAGCUUCAGUCCACAGGUUCAGCAUGUGCAGAUGGUGUCACAGGAGAUCUAGAAUGGAUUGAGAAUAAUUUUGGAGUUUCUGUCAAGUUUGCCAAUUACUCAGAUUUAAUCAGCUUGAAACCUAACUUCGAUGGAUUACAGACUCGUCAGGUCCUCACCAGUGUUCAGAUGAGCAGCCUGGCAGUGAACUCUACUGCGCUAUCCAACCCUGAUGAUAUGGGCGCCAUCUUUGACGCAAUUCAAAACGCAGGAGAUACACAGUUUCUUGCCAGAUUCUUGGAAUCCUUCAACAGCCUAAUGAUGCAGACAUCAAAAACGUUGAACUCCAAUGUGAAGGAUGUAAUGUUGUUGAGAUCUCUUCAGAUCAUAGCACCACAGUUCAGCUUUCUAGGACAGCAAGAUGUGAAUACGUGGCUAAAGAGACUACAAGGAUUUCUUCUCGGCAUUAAUUCUGCUGUUUUAAAGUUAUUUCCUAUAGAUAUGCCAUGUGAAAAUUUCCAAGCCAUAGUGAAAGUUAUAAAGUGUGUUUACUCGGACCUAACAACAGAACAGAAAGAAGAUGUGUAUGCUUUCCAGAUAAAUUAUUUGCUGUCUCAGUAUAAUACUGGAGGUUCUGCAUGUGAUAUGAAUACAUCUGGAAGUAAACCCUGGCUACAAGCAAACCUUGGACCGUUCUGCUCUUUUGCAUCUGCUAGUGUACUUUCAGGGCUCUCUCUCCAAUUUAAUAGUACAAGUUUCACAAAGGAUUGUUCAAAUAUCCAAACUGUAAUUCUCUAAUCCUUAAAAACAAAAUAAUCACUGAUAUUAAAUAUUCUCAGAUGUUAAGAAUGCCUUUUAUGAGAACAGGGACAUAAAAUUAAAAUCUUGCAUGCCUUUGGAAUUCUGUUUGUUUGCAUAAUACUCUUUUAGUAUGGACUUUACUUUGAAGCUCAUGUAAUUUAAUUAAUACAUAAGAAUAAUUUUAGACUUCUGAUUUGUAGUACAUAACAUCAGACUUUAGAUGUAGUAUUUUAGUAAGUAUAUGUGGAGUAUCCCUAUUAUAAAUUGACAUUGUGGUUAAUUUAAGGUAACAGGCACUAAUUCCAGAAAACCAUACAGAGGGCUUUCCUAUAGCACUAUUUUACUAGUGUUGGUUAUGAUUAUAUAGCCAUAGUGCAUUGCUACUAUAAUAUACAUGUCUAUAAGAAAUCAUUUUUUCAAUAUUGAAGUAAAAGAAAAAAAAAUGUUUUUCUUUGUCCAAUAGUCUGGAAAAUGAGUCAAAAACAAAUACCCUAACAACUUUGACUUCUUAUGCUUCUUAUCUGACUUUAAAAUUCCUGUAUCUUUUUUUCUUUAAAUUUGGAAAUGCUUCUUAUUAUUUUUAUUAAAGCACACCACUAAAAAUA